GAGGGUCAGCCGUACGCGAUGGGUCUGUUCCUGCCUUUUCGACGCCCGUCGAUGACCUAGAAUAAUAUCAUCAUUGAGAAGGUUGAGAUCGGGGCAGCAUUGGGAUUUUAUAUCGACAAAUUACGCCGUGGCACGCUCGACGAAUCGCUACUCUGGUCCAAACUACGCCGCACGGCCCCUUGCAUACACGGAGAGAAUGGUUCGUUCAAAGAUCGCAAGGCUUGCUGUGGCGGUCGCUGCUUGUCAGCUUCUAUCAACGACCUCAGCACAGUCCACAGCAACAUUUACAUCGGCAUCGGUAUCAGCGUCGCUUUCAUCCCAGAAUGGAUUCGUUUCGGCGACCUUAGCGCCUACCCCAAUAAGCCUCGGGAGCUCUGCUACAAGAUCAGGUUCAUCGGCGACAUCAAGCGCAUCCAGCGAGCCACAGGUCCAUCUUAUCAAGGUCGGAUCUGGAGGCUUCAAGUUCACGCCGCAAGAGUUGACCAAUGUAUCUGUCGGCGACACAGUGACCUUUGAGUUUUACCCUCCAGAUCACUCAGUUAUACAGGCGGAGUUUGGCAGUGCAUGUGUCCCAUACAGUUACGCCGACAAAGACCAUGCUGGCAAAGGCUUCUGGACAGAGACACAAUGGGUCAACACGACUGCAGAUAUCACCCACUACAACAUCACUAUCAACGACACCGCCCCAAUAUUCUUCUACUGCGCAGCCCCCAACUCCUGCAUCGGCGAACUGAUGGUCGGCGCCAUAAACGCCAACUCAACCCAAACCCUCGCCUCGCAAAUCCAAGCCGCAAAGAACGCAGACUUCCAGCUUGCAGUCGGCGACCCCGUCCCCAACGAAGCCACCUCCACCAUACUGAACGGUCCGACCUCGACCUCGACCUCGACCCCCUCCUCAUCCCCAGGCGGCACGCACCUCUCCGGCGGUGCCAUCGCAGGCAUCGUCAUCGGCGCCGUCGCAUUCCUGGUCUGUUGCGCAGCGCUGUUUUUCUAUGUCGGGCGCUCGAAGAGCCUUAAAGAGGUGAUUAAACGCCAGGAGGCGAGUGCGAAUGCCAAUAGAACGUCGACGCCGGGACCGGAUAUGGGAUACUUUCCGCAUGACCAGCAGCAUAGUGUGGGCGAGCAGUAUCCGAGUGGGUGGCACGGAAGCCCGCAGAUGCAUCAGGGGCAUUUGAGUAUGCAGAGUCAGAUAAGUGGGAUGAGUCAGGAACAAUUGGAGUAUUAUAAGCAGACACAGGCGCAUAUUCAACCUACGCCUGUUGAGUUGCAUUCGCCGGAGCCGGGACAGCAGGAGUUCAGGGCUGAGUUGGCUGAUAAUGCGCAGAAGCCGCCGAGGAAUUGAGUUGGGGUGUAUGACCUUGACUGACGACUUUGCCGUGGGAAAACCGACGACAUCGGAAAAGGCAUCAAUGUUGAAACGGACCUUGUCGAUCCGUUGGACUGUACCAGCGGAGCGAGUCGCCCUGGGGGAUUCUAGCUUGGAGAGGGAAGCCUUUUGUUCGAGUACAUAUGAUUCAUGGGGUGCUGCAUGGGGUGCUGCAUGGGGUGCUGCACGGGGUGUUGCACGGGGUGUUGCACGGGGUGUUAUGAUGUGCAUGGUUUUGCUUUCCUUCGCUUCGGUGACCUUUUUGAUACCACAUCUCGAGAAGAGAUUGAGACGAGUGUCGCUCACUAGUGCAUAAUUACAAAAUCUAUCUCUCUACCAUAGGUACCAGCGAUU